AUGGACAAGGACUACAACAAAAAGAAAGUUGGAGGAGGUUCUUCUUCUUCCUCAUCACCCACCAAUUUUGAUCAUCUUUUUGGUCCCAAGGACCCCUCCACCACUUCUUCUUCCUCCACCAGCAUCUUUGGCUCCAUGUUCCCCCCUCCAUCCACUGUUGGAGGGAGAGAUUCAACAAGGCAAGACAUGGGAGGCAAAAAUUAUGGAGCACCAGGCAAUUACAGUAACAAAGGUGAAAGCAGUGGUGGCAUCUCUAACAAGAAUACUAGCACCAAUUAUCAGAAUGAGACAGUGGAACCCAGCUACUAUAGUUCAUCAAUCUAUUAUGGGGGUCAAGAAAAUUAUUCCCCAAGAACCAGGACCACUGAAUCCCACCAUAGUUUCAAGAAAGAUAAGGAUGAUGAUGAUGAUCCAAAUGGUAACGAUUCAAACAGUGCUUCAAGAGGGAACUGGUGGCAAGGCUCCCUUUAUUAUUAACACCACUCUGCCACAAUAUGCAAACUCACCAUUCUGUAGACCAGGAUGAUGAUCGACCACGUACGUUGUACCAUACAGUAGUACUCUACUCUAAUUACCUCUAUCGAAAUAAGACAUAGUAGCGCAUAUAUACUACGUACGACUCUAGUACUCUUUUGGGAACAUGUGUUGGGUACUUUUUGUCUCAGCCUCUUCACACAUAAGAAAACCCUCAGAAGUAGCUUGGU